UUGUACAAUUGUGCCAUAACCAUGGAUGCUAUCAUCGCCAGGGUCGUGCGGUUCUUCAAUCUUCCGACGUGGUAUGUGUUGUACGACUUUGAAGCCAUGCGAAUCAACGCCAUAUUGCUGGAUCGUAAUUUCGACUGUGCCCAAGCCUUGUCAGACAUUGCUUUUGACUGUUACGCCAUGUGCGAAGGAUGCAUUUUUUGUGCCCCGGAGGAAGUUAUUCCUAUGCCAGCAUGCAUUCCCCGGCCUUCUAGGAGUGCGUAAGUUGUACGACUAAUUUGUGUUCAUUCUGCUUCUUCUCUUUGACUUCCGGUUUCAAAUUCAAAAUGGAGUCCGACGGUGAAAACGAAAUUUCCGUGACUGUUGGUGAAGAAGCAGUUCGUAAGUGGGCUUCGGCCAAAAAAUUAUCGCAGAAAACUACAGACGCUCUCAUAACCAUCGGUUACGACAGCAUGGAAGCUCUUUCCUUGCUCACGAAGGAUGACUUACUUGACUCUAACAUCCCCAUAGGCCAAAGGAACCUUUUGCUGCAUUGUAUCAAAAACACUUUCCCUUUAGGACCCGCAGCCGGAUCAAAACCCCAGCACCAACCCCGGGAACACGACAAUACUCAAAGUUCAAGCGCUCCGGGACCGUCCGCGACGGACCGAUCUUCGUCGGCCCCAGAUCAGGCUCUGAUGUGCGACCAGUCCUCAGAUAGCUUUAUUCGCAAUGUUCUGGGACAAUUAUCGUCCGCCCAACAGCCCGGACAUCAACCCACAUCCUAUGGUGGAAGUAGUGCGCAUGCCAUGGAAAAUACAGGUACGUUUUCUUGGCAAGACCCCCAAAUUUAUUUGAAGUCUCUUUCAAAUUCAGUUUCUAAUUCUAAUUACUUAGACAUCACUGAAUUUGCAAAUAUGUCGGCAAACCUCCAGACGGAAAGAAUUCUUUCCAAUAAUGAUGACGGCCAAUUGAUUUUUAAAUCAGGUCCUUCAAAACCUAAACUUGAAUCCCUGUCUAUCUCACAAUGGUCUGUUGCUAAUCUAGCCAUCUUACAAAAAUUGUUGCAGGACAAUUGUUUAACUCAGGGCCAAAUUUUAGAUUACCUUUCUUAUACGACAAGAGUGUAUCAGCUUUUCUCCACACACGAGGUGAAAUCUGUUUACUUUUAUGAUAGAGAGUAUAGGAAACUGCAACACCAGCACAAAUUUAGAUGGGGUACAGAUAUCCCUCAUAUUCAAACAGUUUUCCUCAGACCGAAAAUAGCUUCUCCCCCUCAAUAUGCUCAACAGGCCAAACAAAACUCCAGACCUAACUUAGGGUUCCCCCAUCAGCCUCGAGCCUCACAUACUUCUCAGGGGGUCGAAAUUUGCAGACGUUUUAAUUCCAAACGAAGCUGCACAGUUAAACAGUGCAAGUAUGCCCAUACAUGCUCUGUCCCAGGCUGUUCUGACAAGCACCCGGCUUCAGAGCAUGCCUCCUCAAAAAACAUGUAAAGAAACCCUCGGGCCUCAUCCUCUCUGCCUGGGAGGAAGAACUAUCCCAAGAUCCUGAUAAAAAUUUUAUCAUUCAUGGAAUCAAAAACGGUUUUGAUAUUAUUGACCCAACUUUAUCCCCAACACCAGCUGAAAUGGAAAACCACCCUUCUUCCCUUAAUUCGGACCUUUUUGAUAAAGCUACGGCCCAAAUUUUAAAUGAAAUUGCUGAAGGAAAUUACAUUCUGACUCCGUCACCUCCCAUAAUUGUUAGCCCCUUAGGAAUUAUCCCAAAAAAGGAUGGGGGGGUACGCAUAAUUCAUGAUUGCAGUCGACCUAAAGGUCAGGCAGUUAAUGACUAUGUCUCUGACUCCCAUAAAUUCAAAUACCAGUCUUUAGAUGAUGCGACUCAGUUAGUCAAACAUGGGUCCUUUAUGGCCAAAGUUGAUUUAAAGUCUGCAUACCGUUCAGUACCUAUAAGCCAACACAGACAGUCUGUUACUGGUUUUAAGUGGAAAGUUGGGAACAAAACUUCCUAUUUUUUUGAUUCUAAAUUGCCCUUUGGUUCUAAAGAAGCCCCAAGCAUAUUUCAUAGGUUAUCCCAGGCAGUACGUAGGAUGAUGGCUCGUAGGGGUUUCAUAAUAGUAGCAUACUUGGAUGACUUCUUUAUUUGCGAACCAUCCAAACAUAGAUGCCAAAUAGCUUUUCAAACCUUAAUUGGCCUAUUGCGGAAAUUAGGGUUCUACAUUAACUGGCAAAAGGUGGUCGACCCCACUACAAAGCUUACCUUCUUAGGUAUUGAUAUAGAUAGCAUCGCUAUGCAAAUCUCCUUACCCCAUGCAAAGUUAUCAGAACUUAAAUGCGAACUCGGUGAGUUUCUAGGGCGAAGUCGCGCUUCAAAAAAGCAACUUCAAUCCCUCGCUGGGAAACUCAAUUGGGCAGCUUCGGUUGUUUAUGGCGGAAGAGUUUUCCUGCGCAGUAUCAUCAAUGCUUUCUGCGCCCUUAAGCACAAAUCGCAUAAACUACGCAUCUCCACCGAUAUCAAGCAAGAUAUCAUUUGGUGGCACAGGUUCCUCGAGACCUUUAAUGGCAAAUCAUUGCUUCUAAGCAAGAAGCCAAUUACAUCAGUCAGUACUGAUGUAUGCACUGCUGGUGCAGGGGGAGUAUGGAACCGUGAUUGGUUCUAUUGUAAUUGGGACCUUGACUUCCCGUCAGCUGCCCCACUGCACAUAAACGAAAAAGAACUCUUAGCAGUCAUUAUCGCUGCUCACCGUUGGGCCCCUCUUUGGGCUAACCACAAGGUCAUCUUUUUCUCGGACAACUCGGUAACAGUGUCGGGAAUAAAUAAGUGUACAUCCCGGAACCCGGUCAUAAUGAAAUGCUUACGUAGCUUAUUCUGGCUUUCUGCCACUCAUAACUUCCGCUUUAUAGCAAGGCACAUACCGGGAAAAGAUAACGUCCAAGCGGACUUUAUCUCAAGACUUCAUGAUAAACAGAAAUUUGUU